AUGGCUUGUAUGAAUGUAAGAAAUGUUCCUGGAAAGGCAUGUGGAAAAUUGACUCGAAACGAGAGUCCUCCUGCCGUGGACGCUUACAUCGUGAAGCAGCAAGCUAGGUUUCAAAGUGGAUCCAAGUUUGAUGGUUUCAUUUUCUUUCGUUUGAUUCGUGGAUUGACCGAUGGUCUUUGGAUCAGGCAAAACACAUGGUUGUUGUGCUUGGUUGAUUGUUUGAAGGAAACAGUUCAUGCGAUAUGUAGCAUGCGUAGCAGUUCAACACGGCAAGAAGAGUAA